UUGUCUAUUCCUUUUUCCUUUUCGUGCGGCCGUGUCACCGCGUGGUUCACAGCCGUGUUUCAAUAAGAAACAUACAAAAUGGCAAUCCGCCCUGUAUACAGGCCGACAAUCGUCAAAAAGAGGACGAAAAGGUUUAUCCGCCAUCAAUCGGAUCGCUAUGACAAACUUAAGCGUAACUGGCGUAAACCCAGAGGUAUUGACAACAGGGUGCGCAGGCGUUUCAAGGGCCAGUACUUGAUGCCCAACAUUGGUUACGGAUCAAAUAAGAAGACCCGUCACAUGCUACCCAAUGGUUUCCGUAAGGUCCUUGUACACAAUGUCCGUGAGCUGGAGAUCCUGAUGAUGCAGAACAGGAAGUACUGCGCAGAGAUCGCCCACGGAGUCUCCUCAAAGAAGCGCAAGACCAUUGUAGAGCGCGCCCAACAGCUCAGCAUCAGGGUCACCAAUUCUGCAGCCCGCCUUCGCAGCCAGGAGAACGAAUAAACUAAGGAUAAUUAUUAAAAAGUUCUAAAAAAAAUAUA